AUGGUAUCUCUAGAUGUCACCGAAACAUCCAAAUCCCUAGCGGUUGCCGGAGGGUACGUUAGUAUAUUUGGAAUUUUCAGUUAUUUUGUCAAAGAGAAGCUGUUCAUGUCUGAAGCUCUCAUCGCGCUACUUGUGGGAAUGAUAACCGGCCCAAUCGCUUUGAAAUGGUUCGAUCCCUUUUCUUGGUCCGACGAUCAAGACUACCUAACACACCAGAUCACCCGAGUUGUCAUUGCGAUACAGGUGUUAUUUACCGGAAUUGCAUUACCCAAAAGAUAUUUGAAGAAAGAAUGGUUAUCACUCGUCACUCUUCUGGGUCCCAUCAUGACUACCGCCUGGUUCGUUUCCAGUCUGCUAAUAUGGGGAUUGAUCCCCGGUCUAACAUUCUUAGAAUCCCUGGUGAUCGGAGCGUGUGUGACUCCCACCGACCCGGUGCUGAGUAAUGCUAUCUGUAAAGGUCGAUAUGCCGAGAAAAAUGUUCCUCUCCACGUAAGAAAUAUCAUCGUAGCUGAAGCAGGAGCAAACGAUGGACUGGGAUUCCCAUUCCUUUUCUUGGCGUUGUACCUGAUCUUGAUUCAUGAACCUGAUCAUCCUCGACAUUCAAUUGGAGGAGCGAUCGGUGAAUGGUUUUACAACAUACUAUUCUACCAAAUUAUCCUAUCUUGUCUUAUAGGCGCAGCAGUCGGAUUCAUAGCGAGGAAAUUGUUGAAAUUCGCUAAACAGAGACAACUUAUAGACCACGAGUCCUUCUUGUCCUUCGGAGUAGCUUUGACCUUCUUCACAUUAGGAUGGGUGGGGAUAAUUGGUUCAGACGAUAUAUUAUGCUGUUUUGUCGUUGGAAAUUCUUUCACAUGGGAUGAUUGGUUCAGGUUGGAAACUGAAGACACUGGAUUUCAAGAUGUGAUUGAUCAACUAUUGAACAGCGCAAUCUUCCUAUACAUUGGUGCGAUAAUCCCUUGGUCAGACUUCUCCAAAUACUCCUUAUCACCCUGGCGUUUAGUUGUCUUAGGUAUACUGAUCAUGUUAGUUAGAAGAUUACCAUGGGUAUGGGCUCUAUCACGUUGGAUACCCGCUCUCAAGACCACUCGAGAAAGCGUCUUUGCUGGAUUCUUCGGUCCUAUAGGUGUAGGAGCGGUAUUCUACGUACAAGUCGCUCUUGACGUCAUACCGGAAGAUGGCACGAGAGAACAUCUGCGACAGGUCUUAUUACCCAUUGUGUACUUUUUGGUAUUGACCAGUGUGGUCGUACAUGGAAUCACGAUACCAAUUGGGAAAGGAGGAUUCAAACUGGCUAGAACGAUGACGAUGAGUGGAUCUAGGAAUGCGACUGGGGCGAAUGAUGGGAUGGUAUCGAGAUUACCACCACCUGUCGAGCUGCCUUCGAGAUCCCAAACGCAAUCUAUAUCUACAUCAGGUCAUGAUGGUACAUCGAUGACUCUACCCCUACCAGAUCACAAAGUUGGUCAACCUCCUCCUGAAUUCUCAGCGGAUCGCGAUAGAAUCCGAUUCGGCGACCCUGACCCCGAGUCUACGACAGCAGCAACAAUGAAUGAUCAUAAAACACCCAUUGGAAUUUUGUCGAGAAGGAAUUCAAGUGAGAACGUAGGGGAUACUGAACCCCAAGAGGCGAAGGUGAAUGGUGAUAGACUGUCUGCAACGGAUAUCUCUGGCUCUAGACCUGGCUUAGGGGAGAAUCGCCCAAGUAGGAUAUGGGUCGAAGGUCACGAUAUUGUAGAAGAGAGUGAAGAUGGUGAGACAGUCAGGGUCAUUCGUGGUGGUCAUGGUGAUCGACAUGGGGAUGCACAUCAGAGGAAUAAGGAUUGA